AUGCCGGGAGAUAUUGGACGUAUACCAAUAAUAUCUCUUAGCGGAUGCAAGUAUUUGACCAAUAUAAUCAAUGACCUCCCUCUUCCUAAAUCCACUAAUGUCCCCAUAAAAUGUCAUACUCUACUAAAUGACCAGAAAUUUGCUCAAGAGGCCUUCAGAUGUAUCAAUUGUCAGAACGAGGCCCUUGUUGGAGCACUGAUUGAAGCUAUAAGCAGUGUUAACAACGAUGUACAAUUCAAGGAUAAAUCUCUUGAGCACACUGUAGACUGUCCUACAUCUCCUUUGCUCCUUCGAGCCCUUUUGGAAAAGAAGCCAGAUAUUUUAUCUGGUAAGGCUUCACAAAACAUCUCGCGUCAACUUGAAGGUCUCUCCACAAAUGAACCAUUGGUCUUUAAAGGGUCGGCCAUUAAUAGGUUUAAAACAGCUGAUAAGCAGAAGAGUAAGAAGCCUAAGGGUGGCAGCAUAACUUAUAAUGCUGUGAGUGUAGCUCCACUAAAAAUCUCGAUCAAGAAGACCUGUACUUCAAAAGUUAAGAAAACCUCAAGUAGUGGAGAAACCCUAGAUGAUCAUUCCACGAUUCACAAUAUUCAGACGGGAAAUUAUCUGGAUAAAACUGGAACAUGUCUUGUAAGAAUAGCUACCCACACUCUCGAUUCUCUAAAUCGUUCAGCAAGCCAAACACUUGGUUCUACUACUGAAUCCCAGAACAACCCAUCCUAUUUGAAUAAAUCAGAAGAUUACACUGAAAUAACUGACGACCCAUCGAAGCCAAUCAAUUCUACGGGUUUGGUCUCUUUAAACUCCACGAUAAAUCUCGUAAAAGACCAGACUAAUUACACACUAUCAGAUUCAUCGGCGAAUAUUUUGAUUGAUGAUGCAUCAAGAGUGGAAGUCCCGUCAACAUUUCAUACUUCUCACUCUCCGUGCGAAGCUGAUCAGUUGUGUACAGAACAAUCCCCAUCUCCUAAAAUUAGUGAUCUCACCUUUGGAUCGUCGGGUUAUGAUACGAACUCAGGUCAAAGUCGGCGAAUCCCCGAUCCAGCAUUGUCCCAAAUCUUUCAUUCUGUGGCUCUCUUUCACACUUACCAGCCUACAUGCGAGCCUGACAAAGGAGUGGAUAACGAAGGUGGUGGUCUUUUUGACGACUGGGUUGAUGCACCGAAGCUUUCGGAAUCACCAGUUAUGUCUGUUCCUACAGUACCAAAUAAAUCUAUCCCCCCUGGAUGUACUUCUCAGACCCCUUGCAUUUCAUCUACAUCAGCAGCCAUCAAGGAAAAGUUAUGUAUCUGUGCUGAUAAUGAAACAAUGGGGAGUUUUCCUCGUAGUCCUUUGUCUACACUUGCGAUUAGCUCAUGCCCAACCACUUCAGGUAAAAACAUCCCUGUUUCGUCUCACAAUGCUACCUCUGCAGUGAGUAUAUCCGCUUCAGCAGUGGCAGCAUCUCUCUCAAUAUCCAAGGUUAAUACACCAUCACCUACGAGAUUGUUUGACUCACUUGAUGAAACUCUAACUACCAACCUGUCUACUUGUAGUGCCUUGGAAGAACAGGUGAAUUGUACCCCUCAUGGACUGGCGGCGUAUCUACCCCGUUGUAAUAAUCAGCGAAUUAAUUCCGCACAUCCAUCUGUAUUUUCAAAUGAAGAUGUUCCUACAACUUUUGCAAACUCAGUGUCUCCGAGACCAGCUUUGUCCCCGGCUAUUGAUUGCACUGACCUAAAUUCUGUCAGUCCGUUAGAAAUGACUGUUCGAACUUCCGGUUCGUUGAAAACCAUCGGCUUCUCCGGUAACGGCCCAACGACUUACUCAAAGCCAAAACAAAAUGGUCGUGGUCGUUUUUCAUCUGGAAAGCACAGAGGUGGAGGUCGCCGUAGACGAACUGAACUUGAAGAACUUAAGAGGUGGAGUGUCUUAGAUCACGCAAAUCCUGGUUUCGAACAAAAAAAUGAGGAUCUUUGCGAAGUCCGCUAUUCACCUCAAAACUCGGUUACCGGUCGGGAUCCUGGGACUACGUUUGCUAUAUCAGAAGCUUCGGUUCAGACUGCUAUUUCGAAAAAGGAUAUUUCAAACUUAAAUUUCUCGGAUGUAUGCCACCAGUAUGGUGGUUUUACAGAGGCUCUUGUAGAACGUGUCAAGCGGCGUCGACAACAGCGUGAAAUGGAAUCUAAGGGCUUUAAAGCAUCACCAAAUAAAGAGACCCUCAGGAGUUCCUGUGAAGUUUCCCCUCUCUCUACCCCAUCUCCAGGACAGAGUCAUCUCAAAGUCACUUCACCUCUUAGAAUGCAUAAGUCAGCCAGUUUACUGAAACGUGAAAAUAAAAAAGGUACUCAACGCACAACAUUCAAAACAGAACGUGAAAGCCAAGGAAAAGGAGGUAGCAUUAGUGCAGCUGUAAAUGAUUAUACCAAACUAAUCCAAUCAACUGACAGUGAUUGUUCGCUGUCUCCUACUAGCACAGUUUUAUCAUCUGUUCAGUCUAAUUCACCAUCCAUGAGUAGUGUCCCACCUAUUAACAGUUUGCAGCCUAGCCCUCCUGUUUUAUCAUAUCAGAAAAUCGACUCAACUAGUAACUGCCAUACACACGACACGACUGUGUACGACAGAACAUCGAGAUCGUUUGUUCCGUGUAACGUCAAGAGUUCCAACAUGGCAUCUAAUUCCAACGAUGAUGUUGCUUUAGUCUGUACUUUGUCCACUCAGGCAAAUGAUCAGGACUCUGAUUUCUCAGAUGCAAAGAAAGCUCAUGCUACAUCACAAUGGAAAGAUACAAAGUCGUCGUCGACGUGUAAUUACCGAGAUCCAGUCACUGUGCAGUCUUUCAGAUCUCGUUCAAUUCAUGGAUCUUGUGCUCGGUCAAAUAAUUCAUCUCUACAUUUGCCACCUCUCUUACCCUUGAGUCGCUACUCUCCUAGUUUACUUCAUAAACCAUUGUCUGUUGAUGUGUUAGAAAGUGCUAGAUGUCAGGACCACGUUGAAUGUAGUAUGAAAGAUAUGCCUUCACCACAACCGUGUUCUACACAUCAUACGUAUUUGAAUACAAAGGCAGCUAAGAAGCCUGUCGCGUCACUUACUGAUCUGUCUUUCGGUCAUCUCACUGUUGAUGUUUCCUCAAAUUCAAACAUUUGUUCGUCUGAGCCGAGUCAUAGUGUUUUAGAUAAGAUUUCUAACACAAAACCUGAAACAAUGAAUUCUCAUUUAUGUAAACAAUUCGAUAUUUGUCCAACCCAAGUAAUGGAUGGUCAAAAUGUACCGUCAAAUCAAAGUGAACACAAAAUUUCUGAUAUGAGUGAAUCCAGCAAUAGUAGCAUAGCAAGUUCGUCUCCAAGAUUGUUUUCAGGAAUAGAUACUGCAUGUGGUUCUGAUCACAGGUGUCGUACACCAAGUACAAUAGCCUAUACCCACAGCUCUGCCAUGGAAGAUAAUGAUGACGAUUCCCCUGACGUCAACUGCCGUCGACAUGAUACAAAUCUAGAUGUUGGUUCUGAUUCUGACUCUUCAGAAAUCAAAUCUUGUUCUGCUUCCACAGAUCUUGAUGCACCGAAAGCAAACGAAUUCGGUUCCUUCUCACCGUCUUCGUUAUCUUCUAUCACUGAUGAUGUAGCUACUAUUUUUUCUGAUGAGCAUGAAUUUGAACACUCUCGUCAGUCAGAUUACUCUACAUCAACUGUUCUCCAUCAAUUUACAAACCGUCUAAGCAAAAUUUUACGACGGGUUGAAGAACUUGAUUUGCUCCAGUUAGCAGCCGUUGUUCAGAGCAAACUUGGUACUGUCUGCAAAAGGAGUUCCUCUGAUCAAGAGGAUAGUGAUGAGUCCUGUGCGCGCAAUAAUGUUUCAUCCACUUUUCCCGAUUCAGCUCGUCUUACUAAACAAGAAAUCAUGUCGUUAUGCUCCGAUUCAGCUAAAAUCCGAUUUGCUGGGUCCAUGUCAACGAUACCAACAGGUCGUUUGGUUCGAUUUCUAACUUUACUGUUGGUAAAUAUGCAAGAAGCUGCUUCCGUUUCUCCAAAUAUUUCAAAUAUUGUUGAAACACAUCGAAUUUCUAAAAGACGCUAUAAGUAUAAUGGGGAACAACUUGAAAUCAGUGAUAAUUCUUCUACUCGGAAUGGCUAUUUUACAGAAACAGUCUUAUGGUCUGAUCCAGAAUGGUCCUCCUCUCUCAUUGGUUUAGAUUGCGCCCGUACAGCUUUAAAUAUUAUUGUUGGACCAGAUAUGCCACGGCCUUUACUCAUGGAGGAUUUGAUCGAAGGUAUUGUAUCUGUAGUAAAACAGCAACUAGAUUGUCUCAUUCAUAAUAUUAUGAGAGUUACUUCUCAUACACCUCAUUAUCAAAGCUCAGCUGUGUCACCAAGUUUUUCAAUACUGGGUAUUGUUGGUUAUCGAAUAACACAAAUUAUGAUUCUACUAGUCAAUCUUAUGCGAUUACAGCCCAAUCGUUUUACAGAUAAUUUAGUAAUUAAUCUUACUUCACUCGGGAUGGCAAUUCCUUCUUAUUCUUUGACAUCAGGAACCAGCAUAACGAAUGAAUGGAAACGAUUUUUGCUCUCUCCACAGAAACUAAUUAACUUCAUAAGUCAUACUGAAAAUUCUUCGGAAUUCAUGGGUUCUUCAGCAAAAACGCUUGGUACUUUGUUUAUGGUCAGUUGGCCAGAGCACCUACAACGCUCAAGUCUUGCACUUUUAGGCACUCUUUAUGGACAGUAUGAAGCUCACAGAAAGAUGAUUGUUGAUGAAAUAUUUCGUACGUUUUUAUCAGGUCUUGAUGUCAAGCGAAAAUCUGCACCCAGUGUCAGUACAGAAACUGAAAAAAUAAUAUACCCAUCCGAUAGGCGGACUGCUAAAACCUUCCGCUUGUUGUCAUCUUCAUAUUUUUAUGAAGAAUAUUAUGGCUCUAAAGCAAAAUCCAAUGUAUCCCGUUCAAUCCAAAGUGAAUCUCCUCAAUAUUUGUACAUCCAUGCACUAAGUGCCCUCUUUCUUUGUAUCACUCAAGGUUUAAUUCACACACCGAAUUUAUCUUUUCCUGCAAACAACUGCUCUAACCCGUCCGUUCGCAAAUUUCCUUCAUCUGCUGUGUCUACUCCAACACAAAGUUCAUUUGUUUCCGAAGCCGUUACAAUGGAUAACGCACAAUUCAAUAAAGAUGAAAAACAUGUAUUGAGCAGUUAUAGUACAGCUGUUAGACAUGCACAUUACCUGCUAUCUGGUUUAUUCAAAAGGGUUAGUUUGAAAGCUGAAUACGAUAUACGAUCUGUAUUGGAAACAGUUACAAAUGAUUUAUUAAGCGUUACUUUCCAUGCACCUAUAGAAUGGCCAGCCUCAGCUAUUCUUCUCAAUGUACUCAGUAGUCUUUUAAUCCAACAACUUAAUCAAACAAAUCAAAACGCCAAUAUUUCGACAAAUCCUACCACUUCACGUUCUCGUAAUACUGAGUUAUGUGGUAAACUUCUAGCUGUUGAUACCCUUGCGUCAUUGAUUGUUGGUCUAAAACGUGGAGCUAAAGUAUAUAGCCUAGAUUUACCAUCCUCAUUAUUCAUUCAAAAUAAAAAUCAUUCUGACUUGGAGGACGGUAAAGAUAAUUGCAUGAAAACGAAUAAAUGUCAAACACGUUUAAUUGGUUUAUUAUCAUCUCCCAUCCCAAUAAUUCACCACUGGUAUUUUUCAUUCUAUGAUAUCCUUCAAACGAGUAAUAAAAACGAUGACUCUAAUUUUUCAGAAGUUUGUGAACGAUUAAAUUUGGAUAAAAAUAUGAUUUAUUUGCCAGAUCUUUGUUCGAAAUACUACGAUUUUCUUCUUCUGACUGCUCACAGAUUUCAUCUUGCUGCAUGGCUUCAUAAUUGUAACAGAAACGUCCCGGUCACAAAUUUAGACAUCCCUACCGGAAGUGCGAAAGAUUAUUCCUCCAAUUCUACGAAAAACAAAGCUUGUGUGGAAAAACUUCGGCAUCAAUUACUAGCUGAACUUUCUCUCACACAUUUAAACUCGUCAGUAUCUGGACUUGGUUUUCCGUUUGCUAAGCAAAACAUAUCAUCACUCUCUGCAGCUUGUAUGGGAUGCCCUAAUUCUUCGCAGCAUUUGUCUUCACGAAGUCGUGCAAACUGUAUAUGUUGUUCGGGCAUGGGGUGGGGAGGUUCAUUUCUAGCUCAGUCCAUGUCAUCCCAACGUUUUAUCACAUAUACUCACAUGCCAAAAUUAUGCAGUAACAUGCGAUUUCGUCUAGUUGCCCAUGCUCAUAUUUCUGCGGUUUAUCUCCUUGGCGCCCAUGCGGUUUUGCCGAAUUUCGACGUGCUUUACGGUUUCAUUUGUAAAUUAGCCGGGGAGUCAUCAGUACCUAUGCGGUCGAAAGCGUUGCGUUGUCUUGCUUUAGUUAUUGAUGCUGAUCCGAAGUUGAUGUCUAUAAAUAAAGAUACUAAAAAUAAAAGCACGAUUUCAUCGAGUCCGAUUUUCGAUAUCUCCAACAUUGUUCGCGCACGUUUAUUGGACAACUCCACAGCCGUUCGCGAAGCAGCUGUUGACUUGAUCAGUCGAUAUUUGACAUUGCGUCCACAAUCCUUAGCUGAAUACUACUCUGUUAUUGUGGAACGUGUCUUGGACAAGGGUGUCAGUGUAAGAAAACGAGUUAUUCGGUGCUUUCGAGAUCUACUACUUAAUGAUUGGAAUAAAUUUUUAGAUUCUUCAAAUUCUGGUUCUGAUGGACACAAUUCCUCUUUGAUUGGAAAUCAGAUGUGUACAGAUAUUUGUCUGAAACUUAUUCGCCGACUUCACGAUGAAAACAGCAUUCAAAAAUUGAUUACUGAAGCCUUCCAAGAACUAUGGCUGACUCCAAUAUCGAAAUCACAUUCUCGUUUCUCAAAGGUUCUUGAUAGGCGUAUCAUAAGUUUAGCAUCAGUGACUGUUACUCUUAGACCGAAUAACUUUGACCUGUUGAACACGUUCAUUGUUCAAGAUCUAUCUUCAGGGGAACCACAUCCUUCAGGGUCUCAGUUUGAUGCUGCGUGCAAGCAGAUUAUUGGCCGUCUGAUUGUUUUAAUAAAACGACGUAUUGGUCCUUUACUGGUCCCAAGUUCUAAACAACUGAUGAAGCAAAGUCACCCAGUGGAAUCUCGGAAAUCGUCACAGUCGCUUUCUUUUCUGUCGAAUAUGCAUGGUCUUAUGGCUUGUUUACAUCUGGUUAGUUAUAGUAAACCUAAUCUUGUUCGCCCCUACGUUGGUUUUUUAAUGGAUCUUGUGCAUAAAAUAUGUUUAUCUGUUCCUGGAACACUGGCUAGCACUGGACAAGCGGAAAAUCAAAUGAAACCAACAAAUACACAGUUCCUUUAUCACCUGAUCAAUGUUGUGGAAAUUGUACUCACAGAAAUAGCAAGCAACUUAAGUGAGUCAGAUAGUCCUCCUAUGGAAGAAGCUAUGUUUGCCGGCGUUCCACGUACUAACUUCUUUCAGUUACAAAAUGAUUUACUUCAGUUUGUUCAACGUCAAGGUCGUUUGGUUGUUGAUUCAGCUUUAUCGUGUUUAGCAGUGCUCGUUAAUCAAGUUUUAAAAGACCAAACUCAAGUUAUAUGUUGCUUCACACAAUUCUAUGGCCUCCUUACGGACCUUUCAUUAGAAUUACGAGAGGCUCUUUCAACUAAGAUAAGUACUUCUGCUCGAAUAUCAUCCAAAACUCGACCAUCAAUAUUGCGGGCAUUGUACACUGUCGGUUUGAUAUGUAAAUACUUCACAUUGGAUUAUUCAUUUAACAGAAAUAAGAAAUCGGGUAUGUCUAAUUCAAACCUACUGGUUGAAGUUGUGGAUAUACUUAUGUUGUUUGCGGAAUAUGCAUCCGUUCGUAUACAUGUACAAAGCAGCACCACAUUUUCCAAUCCCAGUAGCUCUACGAACGAUCUUAACAAUGAUGGUGUUAAUCCGUCUCAUAUGAAGUCUGACAUGAUUGAUCCAGAUCUAUGUCGUAAAGCUAUUACUGGUUUAGGAUUUUUAUUAUUUCGUCAUGAUCAACUUUUCUGUACUGGUUCUGUACAAUUGUUUUUAACUCGAUUUCUUUCAACUGUUCAAAAUUCUUUAACCAAUAAUCACCCAACUGAUGGAUCCUCAUUUUUUGAGAUUCAGUGUAUUAUACUUGACAAUUUAACACAUUAUUUAUUGCAGAAGGAGCGUAAAGCAACUGCAGAUAAUCGCUUGUGGGCUACGCGUUCCAAGCGUGAAUCUCUCAAAGAACUAACUGAUCAAGUAACUGGUCACAGCAGUGCAGUUGCCCAAACCUAUUUGCCCAUAGUUUUAAAAUAUUGUAUUCUCACCCCGUCUAUUAGUGUUCGCUCUUCAGCCUUAAGCCUAAUAUCAACUAUAUUACGUCAAGGAUUAAUUCAUCCAUCUCACGUUUUGUCUUCCCUGAUUUGUUUGCAAACUGAUUCAGACCCAAGUAUUCGUUCUCGUGCUUCAGUUUGUCUUACAGAAGCUGAACAAAAAAUUCCCGGAUUCGCCGCAAUGCGAGCUGUCUCUGGAAUUCGCAUGUCACAUCAGUUGCAAUUAAUUAUACACACUAAUGAGUUUUCUUCACUCAUAGUUCGCGGAGCUAAAGAUCCUAAAACCGCUUCUGAAAGUAAAUCACUUUCACCGACAAAUAAUUCUACAUCUACAGUAUUUUGUAUAAAUUAUGGACUGUACACCAUGUUAAGAACUAAUCGACAAUAUCGUCGAUCGUUAAUUGUUAACUUGUUAUCUAUAUUUGAUGAAUACCAGAAAUCAUCACUUCACACCACUGAAAAUGAGAGUAUUCAAAGUCGGUUAAGUCAGUUGAUUUUCAUCGCAGAUCACUUGGCACACUUUCCAUAUGUAGUUCUUGAUGAAGUUUACUACGUUGCUGACCUAAUAGAACAAAGAAUAAGCCUAAUAGGAUCUACUAUUUUAAGAUUUUUAUACCGAAGUUUGUUAUCUGCUGCUCAAAACAAAUGCUCAAAUUCAGAAGUCUGUGAGUUAUCCAGAUCUUCAAUGAACAAUGAUCGAAAAUUCACUAGUGAAACUGACCUCAUGGAUUUCCUUGAUAAGUGUGAAGCAAAUUUACCUAGAGAAUAUGACUUCAACACUUCCUAUAAAUAUGUGGAAACAAUGAAAGCUCUUGAUAAUCAAAUUUCAUUUAGUUCAUCUGAGAAGGAUCUACAAAACAUGUUCAAACACUGUCAGUCAGAUUCUUUAAAAGGAAAGGCACGAUCAUCUAUGGUAUACGCAGGACCAUCGUGUCUACUCCUUAUGACCAUCAGAAAGUUUAUACGUGAAUACUAUGGUGUUACUUACAGUAAACUGAAAGAUUACUCACCUUCUGAUACAUCGAAACUUUGGGAGAAACCAAUUCUAUUAACAAAACAAUCAAGUUGUUCUGGCCAGCUCAUGACAUUAUCGUGCAUAGUUUACCAGUACGUUUUGAACCCUGGGUGGAGCGAUGUAUCUAAAGGCCCUCCAGAUCAUAUUCUUUUACGCCAUUCUCUUGUACUGCGUCGAGAAUUAAUGCUUCAUGAAGACAGUUCAUUAAAUGAGCAGUCGGUAAAGUGUACUUCUAAGCCUAAUGUUCAGAUUUCUGACAUUGAAAAUGACAUAAAAGAAGAUUGUCAGGCGGAAGUGGAAAGUGGAGAAUGCUCUACAACCUUAUGCAAUCCGUCAACUAUAUCCAAACGUAGCAAGUCAAAUUCUGCGGAAUGUUUACCAUCUGUUAAACAUAGUCUUGAUAGCUCUUUUAAUCAGACAAUUGGGAAAUCUGGUAAGCAGCUUGGAAAACAUAAAAUUGUAAAACGACAGUCUUCAAAAUCAUCUUUAUCAGAUCCUUCCAUUGAGGCCGUAGGCGACACUGGGAUAAAAAAUAAAGAAAAACAUUCGGUUGACUUACAAUCUCAAUGUUUAAUUUCAAAGUCCAUCAAAAAGCAUAGACGGCUAUCAGAACAUUCCAGCUAUUCUACCAGCUCUGAUUCAGUCGAGUUAAAUCUUAGAAAGUCACAGAAAAUUGGUAGUUCACGUGGUCACCAAUCUCUAUUGCAGUCAAGUCCAGAUUCGCCGAAUAAACCUAGUUUUCAAAAUCAAACUCACCAUACGCAUUUCGAAUCGUUAGAUUCUGAUGCCAACUCAGAAACUAACUCUGUGGAUAGCUGUGUUAGAAAGAAUAAUAAGAUAGCUAUGAUUUCAAAAGUAAAACAACCUAGUGUUUCGAAUUAUGCUAAUCAAACAAAAAAACAAUCAACUUCUCAAUCUUAUAUGCAAAAAAAUACUAAAACGAAAAAAUCCAACUUUCAAAAUUUGGGAGUUAUUGGUCGUGUUAAAUCUCUUUCUCAUCAGUGUCGUUCGACUAAUUCAAAGCAGUCUACAGGUCCAACUCGCACUCUUGCUCCACUACCGUCUGCUAUGAUGAAUAGCAGAAAUACAUCUCGUCCGGGGAAGCAUUCCAUUACGAAUAGGAAAACUAAGCACGAUUCUAAACGUUCGGAAUUCGCCAGUAAAUAUGAAAUGAAACAUGUAUCACAUCACUUUGCUUCAGGUGGUAAUCAUCACACUUCGCGAGUGAAGAAUUCGAAAUCUAAGUCAUUAAUUUCCAAAACCAGUCAUUCAAAUGAAAGUCAAACUCACAAGCCACAUUCGGAAGAACAACGAACAAGUAAAAAACACUUGUCUGAAUGCCCGAGUUUCAAAAUGCGUCAAAUUAAUUCAGCAACCAAGGAGAGCUCCAUUAGAAACGGCCAAAAGCUGGAAAUCCUAUCCAAUUGUGAUAAAAGUGAAGAACAACUAUCCGAUUCUAGUGAAUCCUCCUUGUCAUCCACUUCUACAUCAUUGUCUUCAUCGUCAACAUCAUCAUCAGAAGAUAGUAUGUCCUCUUUUUCCUCGUCGUCAUCCUCGACUCUUCAGUCUAGAUUAAAGCAAAAAAAGAAAACAAAACUCACUUGA